CUGCCACCCACUCGGCACCUGCAGGACCCCUGCGCCGCUCCGGAUCAGGUCACGGGGGCUUUUUCCCACUUUCUCCCCUUUCUUUAUCCUGCUCGUCCCUCUCCCUCACGUUUUCUGCUUUUGUUUGUGCUGGAUGGGGGAUGGGAGGGGACCUGAGGGGAGAGACAGACCUCAGUUUGUAGGUAUGGCAUUUGGCUCCAGGCCACUGUGAAGGGCAGGGAGAGCAUACCCUAGUCAUCCCCAAGACCCUCAGCUUUGCUUCUGUCAAGCACUGUUUGCUGCCAGAGCCCAGAGCAGCCUGAUCCACGGUAGUCUCCGGGGCUCUGGCGAGGGGUCUGCGACUCAGCGAUGCCUGGCUCUGUGGGGUUUCCCUGCUAGUGGUGUAUUUCCAGCCACCCAUUCUGCUGCUUUUGUCCUGCCAGUCCAUGUGGCAUGGGGGUGGCAGCAGAAAAUCUGCAGGCAGCAGAGGACAGGGAGCCAGCCCGUGCCUCGCCAGGAUCCUCAGUCCUCAGUCACUUUGCUUUGGGAUAAUUUAGCAAAGCAGGGCAGAUUUGUGGACUCCUGGCAUAUCCUCUGGUGCUGGUUGCAUUGUGAUUCCUUGCUUGUGCCAGGAGCAGUGGGAUGCCCUUUCUAAUCCCUGCUGUGGGCUGGAGGGAGGCAUGUGAGUCCCAUCUUUCUGAUCAGUGAUCAAUGCCUGUUGUGUAGUGCCUGAAGUUUUCUUGACUUUGCUUUGGGAUGUGCAGAGACUUACUAGCCCCGGGAAUCACUGCUUGUGUUCUGUAUCUGCCACACUGCAGCUUUGCCGCUACAGAAGGUUCAUUGCCUCCUCCCUGGGGCUGCUGCAGGGCAGACACUUUGUAUUGCCCUGCCUGGAGCAACACUGUGCUUGACAGUAAUUUCUGUGCCAGGAUUUUGUCCUUAUGUGCUGGGGAAAAACUCUGGGGCUGCUCUGGGAGUUUGGAUCAGAUAGGUGGGCUGUGGGACCGGGCACCCUUUAAAUAGUGCAUCCCUCCUUGUGAGGAACAGAGCUGUGCGUACUGAAGGAGGGAACCAUCGCUGGGUGUGAUAAUGGAAUCUGCAAAAGAAACCAUGGUCUGGGUACGUAAACCACCAGGACACCCCUCUGAGGCCCCUGUUGCUUGGCUUCAUGCAUGUCACUCUGGGAAGGAAGCUGAGAGAGAGAGAGGGAAGAAACUAUCCAAGUCUUUCCCAGACUGCAUUGCUGGUCCUGCUGAUGGGACCAAAAUAGAAACUGUGAGCCUCUCCCCCGACCCCUGCUCAGUCUCAGCCCCAGCACCAUGGCUGACAGUGGUGGCUCACCCUCUGCAUUUCAGCCAUGGAUAAUUCAUGGCUCAAGGCUGUCAGUCUUGCUGUUCGGCUCCUCAGCCAAGUGCAGCAACAGAUUGUUUACAUCAGUGCUGUCAGGUUUCUUGAUUGCCAGGAGGCAGAUUAUUUACUGUAGUGGCAUAUAAACUUCAUAACAUUAUGAUGGUGGAAAGUUGUCAAGGGAUAUAAAUGCCCAAAGUGAGCCCAGGAGGCUCCAAGGAGAUGGUUUUGGUUUAAAUUAAGAUUAAACACUGUCUUCCAUGGAUUUUGGGAAGGAAAUCACAUUGCUGUAAUGGGAACAUUACUCUGAAUCUUAGGACUGGCAAACUCUUCACUUUAUGAAGCUCUGUGGAGGAUCUGAGCUGCUCUGGCAGAUGUGCCUUAAAACACAUCUCACGUUUGUCCUAAAAAGGUGGUGAAAAGGAGAUGGCACCAUGGCAUCAUGCAGAGUGUGGGGUGAGGUGGGAUGGAGCUGCCAUGAGAAGGGUGUUGGGAAAAUGCUAGGAACUGUAUGAAAAUCUCAGUCCCUUCUGCUCCCAGCCCCUCUUCUCCCCAGAAAACCAAACGUGAGCAUUUUCUUAUGAAGGGCCAGGCAUGAAGGUGGGAUGGCUUUUGCCUUGCUUUUGUUGAGGCCCGGCCAGGCAGUGUCCUUCUGCCUGGCUUUGCCACCUGGAGAAGCCUACGGUGACAAACUGUCAAACUGUGUUGUUUCAUUUCUUUGCCUUGCUACAAUCCCCUUUCCCAAGGCAGCUGCUGGUCCUUGGUGCUGCAUCUGUCACCCUGACUUGCUCAUUCAAAGAAAGCAUCUUAGAGGCUGUAUCUCUUCCCUGUAGUGUCCCCAGCUCCUGACUGGCUGUGAGUUUUGCUCUUGCUCAGCCAGGUACAAGGUGCGUACAGAGAAGCUACACUGACACACAUAGCUGCCUGUCCCUUGUGAAGCAGUGCUGUCCUGGGGCCCCCAGGCUGGCCACCCAGAGUGCCCAGUGACACUGACAGUCUUCUGAGCAAGUUGGCACAUGUGCUUAGAUAUUGCCAGGGCUGCCUUGCUCUCAUGUCUGUGCCCAGUAGCCCUGACAGGGACCUCUAUGCAGCACGUGCAGGGACCUCGGGGACCACAGGACUGGGAAGAGGUGCUCUGCAGCUGCAUGCAUCUGACCACCAGCUGGUUUCUAAGCAGUUGCCAUGCUUUCUCACAAGCAGAGAAGUCUGAAUUCAUCUUGAUGAGGCCCAGGACUCACUGAGAGAUAACUUGUGUCGCCUUCUGGGUGCCCUGCUAGGAUCAGAAACUGGCUUCUGCAGCCUGGAGGGGCAACCUUAUGGUUGCAGCAGUAAUCCCCUCCUCUGCAGGGUGACAGUGCAACUGAGGAUGUCCUUUUACUUGCCUGGGGAAUACCAUGCUUCUGCAGCUCAGAAGCCUGGAAGUGGCCCAUAUAGGUGGUGGCACUUGUUGCAGUAGGUCAAAUGUAUGAAUCCUAAAAUAGAUGAGCAUAGGCCGUAGCUCACUCCUUAUGGUGCUUUUAAAGGCUCAUGGUUUGGAUGGAGCCUUCCUGCCCCUGUGCUGGGGGGAGCCCCAUCUCCUUGCUCAUACUGGACCCAGAUGUGGGGGAGCUCCUGACUCUGUUUUAUUUGCGUGAUGGUAGGAGAUAUGACAGCUGGAAUGGAAAUUCUGAGUAGAAACAAAGCGCACAGUUUGGGAACUUGCUGAUCGCUGCACACCUCACUGCAACCAAAGCCUGAGGGCUGCAGCACAAAACCCAGCAUUUUCCCUUCCCCAUCUGGCAUGGGGGCACCUUCCUCAGCAGACCUCAUCUGUGCAGGUUGAAGCGUGGCUGGGGAGCCCCGGGAGAGGAGAGGUCAGUGAUGAUGCGUGGGAAGCAGGACGGGAGAGCGGGGACAGGAUCUCAGCAGGGGUGGUGUGAGGACAGCAGCAUACAUGGGAAGAUUGAAUAUCAGAGCACUGAAAGGGCGGUGUGGGGUGUGCAAGCUUCUGAUGGAAACAGAGGCUGAAGGCAACCAGUGGUGUGCCAGCAGGAUGGGAAUGAGCAGCAGCUCUCUGGACAGGCUCCUGGGUCCCUCAGUCCCUCCAGUGUCCUGGCAGGGAGGCGGCAGGGAGGCAGAAGCCCAGGAGAUCUUGCUGUCACACAGGAGUGGCUAUUAAUAACACACUUUCCUUGUGGCUGAUCUGUAUGAGUCAAGUGUCUUUGCCAGGAGAAGACGGCUUGUAAACUGAAAAGGGCUCCUGCUCACACUCUGCCAGCUCCAGUGCCACAGCAGCUCCACAGCACCCAUAGUUAGCCAGGAUGCAGGAAUCCAGCCAGCUGCCAUCAGGACAGGUGCUCAUCAUGGAACAGGGCGAAGCUCUCCGACUUGUUUCCCCUCUAGUCCCGUGGUUGGAAAAAAUGCUUUCCAGUCGACUAAUUGGAGGUUUGCUGAAAGGUCAGGAGAAGCUGAUGGUGUUAUUAUGUCCAGACUUCUCUGUGGCGCAAGGCUGAUGCAUUUAGUGCCAGCAACGUCCUGCAGUAGGGUCCUAUUGCCUCCUUUGGUGCCAGAGAGGAGUGCUAGAUUCGUCACUGUGUGAAGGUAACCUGAGAUCUCUAUUUCGUGUCGGCACUUGCAGGAGUAGACCAGGCUGCUGGAGGGAUAAAGGCAAUAAUAAUGCAGAGGAAGGACCAAGAGAGUGUAUGGCACAUAUGGAUCCUCUGCCUAUCACAGAGAGCCUGUUAAGUAUGGUACAUGGAAGUUUGCUCAAGGCUAGUGAAGCAAAGCAGAAUAAUGGAACUGAAUAUCCAAAUUCUCUUCCUGAUGUAGGCAAAGAUUAUGUCAUGGAGGAUACUGAAUGUUUAGCCCUAAGAGUCAGCCUGUCUGAUUUUGGAACCACCAUCACCAAAUGAGGAAUAGCUGCUGUAUAUCUGGAGAGACGUCUCCAUAACAGCUGAUUCACAAGCUCUGUGUUCACUGCAGUUACAAGAUGCAAGUUUUUCCUUUUUGAUCCCUGCUGUGCUUUCCAAGAGUGUUUAGACCUUGCUGGGACAUGUUCCUGCUUCAGCAGCAUCUCUACACUGAGGCCAGUCAGGGUAUGUAGGAUGCUUUGAGGAGUCUGGUAAUGAAAAACACCCCACCUUUCAAUAGCUCUAAUGCCAGAUCAUGAGAAGACCAGAGCUGCUGUCUCUUUCCCUAUUCACAGAAGGAAAUUGAAAUGCUAGUGUGUAUCUGCUCAUAAGUAGUGUUGCUAUCCCAGUACAUGCACAGUACUUCCUUUCCUUUGCACCCUGCAAAUGCCAGGCUGCCUCCGUCCAGCCUCCUUACCUAACUGAGCCAAGUAAUGCAGUCUGCAGAGCAGCCACAGGUGCUGGCUCAUCUCCAUCUUUUCUCAGUGACAAACAAUGGAGAUGCCAGUAAUGUGCUGGUGUUAGCCCGGGGCUUCCAGGGCUUAGCUCUUUUAGGGCUCCUCGCUGCCUAGUGUGUGGUUCCCCAGCUGCUCUGCACACACCUCUGCUAAUGCAUAUCAGCCAUGGCCCCGGCAGUUUGUCCAUCUGCUCCACCAGCAGCAGCUCUUAACACCUGCAAUACACCAUUUGAAGCUCAGGUUGGAAGUGAGAUGCAAGAGGUGGGGAUGUGUACACCCAGCACUUCUGAGCUACCACAUGCUGCUGUCACGGGCUGUCAGAUGGCAAUCUUGUAAUAACCUUCACCACUGGUGGUCAGAGCUUGAUUCCAUGUGUCAUUUACAGACAGCCCUGAAGAUAAAAAGGCCUGCAGUCAGCUAGUGCUCAAACAUAAAUGUCAAACCAAGGUUGUUCUAGCAGGUUUCCUCACGAGACCGGUGCAAAAAGGAAGGAAGCUGUGUUAAGAGAUCUUCCUGCCCACAGCAGCAACACAAUAAGUGGUACAGCAGCUUUGUGCUGGUGGAAUAUCUGGGGCAGGAGGGAACAGCCAUUCAGCUCAUCUGAGGUGCCCUUAGUCAGUAUGUCUCCCCCAGGAGCUAAAGCUGGCCUAAAAGGGUCUGUUGCAGUGUGCCACAUCCUGUGUUCUCACUUGUGUUUUUUAAUAUGGUUUAUUUGUUCAGACAGUUUUUAUUACCUGUUGGUGAUGAUGUUCAUUGGCAGCCAUCUGAACAUGAUCCAGCAUGUGCCAAGUGGCCACGAAGGCUAACAGCAUCCUGGCCUGUAUCAGUGUGGCCAGUAGGACUAGAGAGUGACUCUUUCCCUGCACUCGGCACUGGUGAGGCCAUACCACAAGUGCUGUGUCCAGAUUUGGGCCCUCCUCCUGUCGCUGACAUGCUGGAGCAUAUCCAGAGCACAGUGCAGCUGGAGAAGGCUCUAUAGAACCAGUCUUAGGAGGAGCAGCUGGAGGCUCGUGGGAGACCGUAUUGAGCUCUACAGUGACCUGAGAGAAGGUUGUAGGAAGUGUAGGGUCAGUCUCUUCUCCCAGGUAACAAGUGAUAGGGCAAGAGGAAAUGGCCUCUAAUAGUACUGGGAAAGUUUAAAUUCUCUGAUUCUGUGCAGUUUACUGUGCAUCAUCCUGCACAUAAUGGGAGAGGGGACAUGAAUGGGGCACUGCAGUGUUGGGAACAGGCUGGAAGCAGGGUCCUCAGCAAAAUGCUGAUGCCCUCUGCAAAGCUGCAUGGGCCUUGGUGGAUUGAACCUUCUGGUGACCAAGUACCUGCCUGCAUUGCUUGCAGGGGUAGGACUUGAGAAAUACUUCUGAGGAGGUGAUGCUUUGGCUUUGCUUUCAGUUCAGCCAGGCUUUAGCUGCCCUACUGCUGCUCUCUGGAGGCCAUUGCCUGCUUUCCUUCCUUCCCUCCCUUCCUCCUUCCUUCUCUUCCUCCCUUCCUUCCUCCCUCCCUCUCUCCGCAGCAUUACUGAAUACAGGCAUGGUGGUAAGACUAUAGAACUUGCAGCUUCCUUGUCUGCAAGGCUGGAGGAGACCAAACCAAGCUUUGUCUUUUCCAAAGAUACAAACUUAGCUUUGUACUUAUCUAUUAAAAAGAGGUAUAGCCAAAUGGACUGCUUGUGCUACAAGCACUAUCAAAAACUCCAGUUUGUCCAGAAGAUAAAUACUAUAUCCCAUCUUACAUGCAUUUCUCAAAUAAAAGAGGGAAUAAGCUUCUGAUAAAUUUGCCUGUUUGUGUGGGCCUUGGGUCAUUGAAAGUUUGUGCCAGAGUGAUCUCCUGAAGAUUUUCUGAUAUUACUGACCUGUAAGCAUGUAAAAGAGCAUGGGAAGGGAGAAAGAUAGAAGAAGGGGAGCAGAUGUCAGUCUGCUUGGUGAGCAGCAUGCCCAUGGGUAGAGGAGAUGCCUUGCACAGCAUCGAAAUCAUUGACAGUGGUGGUGGUGGUGGCUUGUGUGUGCUUGCAGGCUGCCAUGAGUCCCCUGCCUUGGAAGCAACUGAAAAGAAGAAAUUUGCUUCUACUAAACUGUGGGUUUUGGUGUUGUUUUUUUUUUAAGUUGGCCUUGAAUAAAUCCUCUAGUGGCUCAACAGAGGUGGCAGCUGGAGGGUGGGAAAUGAAGCACUGUCUCUGGAGAAAGGAAGCACUGGAGCUAGCCAGACUCAGCUCCUUCUACUCAGGCCUUUGCAUGCUGAGCCACUGCCACUGAAAGUGCUGCAGCACCUUCCACCUGUGGCUUUCAACAGACUGCUGCAAUGUCCAGGCAGCCUGUCAAGGUUUGAGGGCUGGGCAGGGAAAGCAUGAGCUUUCUGUAAAGCUCUUUCUCCCAUGAGAGGGAAGUUUUGCUUGGGACAGAUGGGAUGAUCUUCCUAGCUCUCCUCUACUCUGCUUCAGACUCUCCCAGCUUCCAGCUCUCCCAGACCACUUCUACCCAUUUUUCCUUCCGUGAUUUUACUGGCCUGGUUCAUUUUUUUCUGUAGGACUCACAAGCACUUAAUUUCAAUUUGCUACAAAUUUGGUGGGACUGGUGCCUAGCCAGAGUGGUUCCUGUGGGGAAACCAGGUGCAUCAGCAUCAGGAGAGUGGUGGGGGUAAUUGAGGUGCCAGGGCUGAUUUGCCAUCUCGGGGUGCACAGGGGCUCUGCUUAAUGGAGAGCAGGGAAUGCUGAGGGUCCUGGCUAGGUGGUGACACCUGCCCUGCCAUUGCAGCCCUCUGGGCUGAGCUGUGAGGCUUACGGAGCAGUAAAGCUGUGGGAAGCAACACCCUAACACACAUCUCCGGUAGCCUUGCCAUGUCUCCCACUCCCUGCUUCAGCUCUCUGUCCCCUGCUUCCCCCUGUCCCCUUGCCCUGACACCCACAGCUGGGACUUGUAGGGGAGGCUACUUAAUUCCUGGUCUCUGUGUUAACAGCCACCAUCCGGAUGCAAUGGAAACCUUUUUUAGGCGGCACUUUGGGCGGAAGGGGCAGCGGCGCAGCAGCGUCGUGGCUGUGCCCACGGGCAAGGCCAGGCGACGCUCCCAGGCGGGGCUGCCCUCCGCCUCGCUGGCCCAGUGCCGCCGCGGCUCGGGCACCCCGGCGGCGUCCCUCUCCUGCCUGGGCCUGGUCCGGCGGCCCGGCACCCGCCGCCGCUCCAGCACCACGCCGCCCUGCCUCAGCCCCAGGUUUGCCGUGCAGAAGCAGCGUGGGGGCCAGGCACAAGCCAUUGAUGCCCAGCUGCUGGGUCCCACUGUCCUCCUGGCCGGCCUCAUUCCCACGGCGGAGGAGGGAGACAGGGCUCACUGCACUGACAGCUCCAGAUCUGAGUCUCCAGAGGACGGUGGUGCAGCAGGAGCUGAGCAGGGCCAGCGUGAGCAUUGUGCUGAGGAGACGUGGCUGGCCAUGCUGCCCCAGCUGCGGCCGCUCCAGGCAGGGCUGCUGUCGCGGGGCCCCCGCUGCCUGCGGCGCGCGUCCUCACACCGCCUGCCCACCGAGGUGGUGUUCGGCCGGGCUGCCUACGGCGUGCCGGGCCGCUACCGCCGCCUCAGCCAGCGCCGGCGCUCCAGCGAUGGCCCUCAGCCAGGGCUGCUCCCCUCUGGCCACCCGCGGCUGCUGGCCCAGCACUGUGCAGGAGUGGCUGGAACCAGGUGCCCCUCUUCCACCCUCGCCAAGGGUUUGGGACCGGAGCCCGCCCGCCACACCGCCCCGGACGGCUGGAGCCCCCGGCUGCUGAAAGCCAUUGCCAAAUCCAGUCUGCAGCACAUGAUAGCCCAGCCAAACCCAGCACUAGCCAUGAGGAGCGAUGCGGAGAGGCAGAUACGCAGCACUGUGGAUUGGAGUGAGACUGCGAUCUAUGGGGAGCACAUCUGGUUUGAGACCAGUGUCUCUGGGGACUUCUGCUAUGUUGGGGAACAGAACUGCAUGGCAAAGCUUCUGCAAAAACCUCUCUCCAGGCGUAAAUGUGCAGCCUGCAAGAUCGUAGUGCAUACACCCUGUAUUGAACAGCUGGAGAAAAUAAAUUUCCGCUGCAAACCGUCCUUCAGGGAGUCAGGAUCCCGGAACGUACGGGAGCCCGUUGUUGUCCGACAUCACUGGGUGCAUCGGAGGCGGCAGGAAGGGAAAUGCCGGCAGUGUGGCAAGGGUUUUCAGCAGAAGUUUGCCUUCCACAGCAAAGAGAUUGUAGCCAUCAGCUGUUCCUGGUGCAAACAAGCGUAUCACAGCAAAGUGUCGUGUUUCAUGCUGCAACACAUUGAAGAGCCCUGCUCACUGGGGGCUCACGCUGCUGUCGUCGUUCCUCCCACCUGGAUUCUGCGGGUCCGGCGGCCUCAGAAUCCACUGAAAUCUAGUAAGAAGAAGAAGAGGACAUCAUUCAAGCGGAAAUCCAGCAAAAAGGGGGCUGAGGAAGGGAGGUGGAAACCCUUUGUCAUCAAGCCCAUGCCAGCUCCUCUCAUGAAGCCCUUGCUGGUGUUUGUGAACCCCAAGAGCGGUGGGAAUCAGGGAGCCAAGAUCAUCCAGUCCUUUAUGUGGUAUCUCAACCCACGGCAAGUUUUUGACCUCAGCCAGGGUGGACCCAAGGAGGCGCUGGAGCUGUACCGCAAAGUCCACAACCUCCGGAUCCUGGCGUGCGGGGGAGACGGCACGGUGGGCUGGAUACUCUCCAUUCUGGACCAGUUACGCAUCAACCCACCUCCUCCUGUGGCCAUCCUACCUUUGGGGACAGGGAACGACUUGGCCAGAACACUGAACUGGGGUGGGGGUUACACGGAUGAGCCUCUGUCCAAGAUCCUGUCGCACGUAGAAGAUGGGAACAUAGUGCAGCUUGAUCGCUGGAACCUCCAUGUGGAGCCAAACCCUGACACAAACCCCGAGGAAAGGGAUGAGGCAGCUGCUGACAAGCUCCCUUUGGAUGUCUUUAAUAACUACUUCAGCCUUGGCUUUGACGCACGGGUGACACUGGAGUUCCACGAAUCCCGAGAGGCCAACCCAGAGAAGUUCAACAGCCGGUUUCGGAAUAAAAUGUUCUAUGCUGGGACGGCCUUCUCCGACUUCCUCACCGGGAGCUCCAAAGACUUGGCGAAGCAUGUCAGGCUGGUUUGUGAUGGGACAGACCUGACCUCCAAGAUUCAGGACCUGAAACCACAGUGCCUGGUCUUCCUUAACAUCCCAAGGUAUUGUGCAGGCACCAUGCCCUGGGGCAACCCUGGGGAGCACCAUGACUUCGAGCCCCAGCGCCACGAUGACGGCUGCAUUGAAGUUAUCGGCUUCACCAUGACAUCGCUGGCUGCCCUGCAGGUCGGUGGCCAUGGGGAGCGGCUCUGUCAGUGCCGGCAGGUGGUUCUCACCACGUCCAAGGCCAUCCCCAUGCAGGUAGAUGGAGAGCCCUGCAAGCUGGCGGCUUCCUGCAUCCGCAUCUCUCUGCGCAACCAAGCCAACAUGGUGCAGAAGACCAAGCGGCGCAACUCCAUGCCUCUGCUCAAUGACCAGCAGCCAGUGCCUGAGCGGCUGCGGAUCCGGGUGAGCAGAAUCAGCAUGCGUGACUAUGAGGCACUCAACUACGACAAGGAAAAGCUCAAGGAAGCCUCUGUGCCACUGGGGAUCAUCGUGGUUCCAGGAGACAGUGACCUGGAGUUGUGCCGGACCCAGAUUGAGAAGCUGCAGGAGGAGGGAGAUGGAGCCAAGCCGAAGACACUGUCAUUCCAGAAGCUGUCACCCAAGUGGUGCUUCCUGGACUCAACCACGGCCGAUCGGUUCUACAGGAUAGACCGGGCACAGGAACACCUCAACUAUGUGACAGAGAUCUCUCAGGAUGAGCUCUAUGUGCUGGACCCAGAGCUAGUGGUCACUCAGACUGUGAGCACUUCUCCUGCCAUGCCCGAUCUGGUGGACUCAUCUGCCACACCCCCUGGGCACCAUUUUACAUUUCCCUCCUCUUCCUCCUCUCCACCCUCCUCUCCUGCCCCCAGGGUUGCCCUAAACAGUGGGGCAUCACCAGGUGGCUCAGCCAUUGGGUCAAGCUCCAGCACCUGGCCUGUGGGGCAAAGGACAUGGGUGUCUUCCAGCCAAACUAAGGCCAGUGUCAGCGCUGAGCCUGAGCGCUGCCUCCCACAUAAAGAUGACCUUCUGAUAGAAGCUGCCAAGAGUGGCAACUUCAGCAAGUUCCAAGAGCUGCACCAGGCUGGAAGAGACCUGAUGGUGCGAGACUCCUCGGGCCAGACUGUCCUCCACCAUGCUGUCAAAUCAGGAAGCAAGGACAUCGUCAAAUACAUCAUCGAGAAUGCUCCUUCAGAAAUCCUUGAUGCCACAGAGGAGGAGAACGGUGAAACCAGCUUGCACCAGGCUGCAGCCUUACGCCAGCGCACUAUCUGCCACUACAUCGUGGAGGCCGGGGCCUCGCUCAUGAAGACAGACCUGCAGGGAGACACCCCAAAGCACCGUGCUGAGAAAGCCAAUGACCCUGACUUAGCUGCCUACCUCGAGAACCGACAGCACUACCAGAUGAUCCAGCGAGAGGACCAGGAGACAGCUGUGUAGUGCUUGGCGUGCCUUAGCCCAAGGCAGCUCACGCAAGAUGAGACGAGGACAAUGCCAACUGGCAGAGCUGUGUCUGGCCCAACCCUCCACAGAUGCCAGCCUGGUCCCUGGAGAUGGAUGCAGAAGAGCUCUGCCCCAGGCUGUGCUGGGACUCCAUUUAUGAGGACAAUGGGUAUUUCAGACUUGAAACCUGAUUCUUUGUGUGUCCACCCCUUCACCUCUCAUUCACCACAUUCCCUGCCCUAGGUGGGCUCUAUCCCCCAGCCCUGUUGGAGCAGGCCAGGCUGAAGCCCCCAGGCACCCUUGUUCAUGGGAGUAAUGCCAGUGCCCCCUCCACAGGCUACCUAUGAUCCUUGUAGGAUAUCAUUGCCCAGCCCCUCUCUCUGCUGGCAGUGCCCCUCUUUUAGGUGCUUGGCUAGGUUUGUGUCCUGUUCCUCCUCUCCUGUCUGGCACAGCUGUGGGAGGCACAGGAUGCCUGGACAGCCUGCAGAGGCUGUGAGCCACAGACUUUGCCCCAAAGGAAGUACCACAACCUACUGCCUUCCGCUCCCUCCUGGGGUUACACCAGGUCUCUGUGUUGCCCUAGCCAGAGCCUUCUGCAGCAGGAGGGAAGUCAGUUGUGCAUCCAGCCUUUCCUCAGAGCAUCAGGGACUGGUGCAGCUGGAAGCAGGGCAGCAGGUGACGUCCUGAUGGGCCUUUAGUGCUCAGUCAGCAGUCUGACUCCUGGCUGGGGUGGCAUGGAGGAAGGCUAUCGAACCCUCCCACCACACUUCUCUCCAUGGGGUGGAACACUUCGCACACCCACUCUGCUGAGCAUCUCUUUGUGAGCCUGCUGCAGGAUGGUGGAGAGCUGCACUCAGUUGGGGCAGUGGCAGCAGUGACGCCUGUUAUAUUUCCCAAAUGCUGACUUGGAUUCAGCUGCCCUCCCUGCUUCAGUUUCGCCCUCAAUGCCAGACUUUGCACGGGGCUGGACGGGCAGUGCUGGGGUCAAGUGCUGCUCUCAGGGAUCCCCUCCUGCCCCCCAACCUGGCAACAUGCAUCCUCUUAGUCUGAGUCCUGCUAUUCCCCAAACUGGGCACAGGGCUUUGCAGGGAAAACUUGAGAGCUCAUGCAGCUGAGACACAACCCACCUGGGCAGACCAUGAGCUCACCCCCUCCAGUUUUAGCAAAAAAAGGAACCAUCAGGGCUCCUAGCCUUGAGUCAUGCCUGCAAUGGGAUGGAAUUUCACCAACCACCUGCCAUAGGGUGUGAGGCACCACAAUCCAUCUCUCCUGUUGAUGCUGUGAGUGCUUGAUGCAGAGACAUCAAGCCAGGCCUUCAGCAAGGCUUUUGCAGAGCUGAGUCUCUGAGACCAGGAGGUGCCCACAGAAGAGAAAAGCUGAUGAUGACUCUGAGCCUAGCAGGCCUGCUUGGCACUUUUGGUGAGCAGUGGUUGUGAAGGGGGUUGCUGCUCGCAGCUUGACUCCAGGGGAGGACACUGCUGCUGCCGUGUGUGGUCUGUGCAGUCCCUGUGCACUCACACACGGCUGUGCCCAUGGGGUAGUGGUGGGUGGCACUGUUUGAAUCCCUCCUAUUACCAAGAAAAGGGUAUGAGGAUACUGUAGGGAACAACAAUACUCUUCAGACCUUUUGCCUAGGGGCAGGGUUUCCUUGAAGGAUGGGCGAUGCUGUACUGGGGAACUGAGGCACAGGGCAGUGUUGGCAAGUGAUAGCGUACUAAUGUGUUGACAGCUGGGACACUCCAGAAGUGCCUGGAGUUAUCAGCACUGCUGGCAGGCCACUGACAGACAAGGCACUGUCAUCUCAGACGUCCACAUCACUGCUGCCCCAGAUGGGAUGCCCAACUUGGUCCAGAGGCAUUUAGAGCCUCCGUUUUCCCCUUUCUCCUUUAUAGUUUUUGUACAGGUAGUUGAGAGACACACUGUCCCCAUCCCUGCCUGGCCCCUCCAUACACCUGUGAGCUGAGUUGCUGUGCAAUUCCAAGCCUGCUUAUAUUUUGGUGAAGAAGGAGGGGGUGUUGGUUGCCCUGCCCCCUGAGGGCAGGGGUUCUGUGCAAUACCUGGGUCUGUGUUUCUUAGACGCUGUUGUCGGAUUGUAUUUUUGUAACUUUGUGAGGGUGCUGGCUCCAGCCGGCCCAGGGCCUGGCAUGAGCCUGUGUUCCCGUUGCUUUUCAACUUUGACUGUUUGGAUGUUGUUGUUUCUUGCCAUUUAAAUAAAGAGAUUGAUGUUUUA